UUGCGUCUCGGCGCCCUUACGACAAUUGAUUCUGAUUUACGGCAGAUGCAUGACGACACGAGUUGUCAGCAUGAGAGGUCAAUUGUGACAAUAGUAGGAAGACACAUGGUGGGACGUUCUGGUAAUCGAUCGUAACAUCAACUCAACAUAACAUCAGCAUGGCGAGCUCCGCCGUGGUGGCGGGAUUGGCUCUAGCAGCGGCAGGGUUUGCAGGACGUUAUGUGUUGCAAGCAGCAAAACACAUGGAGCCUCAGAUGAAACAAGCCCUACAGAACAUCCCCAAAUCGGCUUUUGGAAAUGGAUACUAUCGGGGUGGGUUCGACCCAAAGAUGACAAAGCGAGAGGCGGCGCUGGUUUUAGGUGUCAGCCCAACAGCAAAUAAGAAUAAGAUCCGAGAAGCCCACAGAAAAAUGAUGAUUCUAAACCACCCAGACAGAGGUGGAUCUCCAUACCUCGCCGCCAAGAUAAAUGAAGCUAAGGAUCUGAUGGAUGGGCAAAAAUAAACAAGUGUCUGGGUUUUGUUUUGUCACAUUGACAAUAAUUGUCUACUCUGUAUAUUCACCUUGCCAGGAAACACCAGAGUACGCUAUGUGCUGUACAAAAUAUUUGUCUUAAACUAUUUGUGAUGCCCCUGUUUUAGCCUAUACAAUUAUCCACUUGAGAAGUUUGGUUUUGAUUCCUUAAAUGCUUGUAUACUUGUUAUAUGUUCAGAUGGCUUUACUUCGAUCAUAGCCCUAUGAAAUUGAAAUCAAGGUACAAAUGGUAUUUGGGAGUCCACUGGACUUAACCUUACCCUGUAAAAAUGAGAUGCAUUAAACAUUUUCUGACAAAUUA